AUGAAAAGUCUGCCAGCAUCAAGGAUAAACUUGGAGCUGAGAACAGCGGAAUCAAAAAUUGACAAAGCUCCGAUCACGUUGCCAGUCUCAUGGGUCGAAUCGUCAAGUUCAUCAUCGUCAUCUACGCCAACAACACCUAGAGCAAAGCUAGAAGAAGGAAAUGUUAUUGCAGAUGCAUUAGCAGAUAUCACGGUGAAAACGCCAAAUAUAGGUCUGGAAUGGGAGUCACCAGCUGUCGUUUGUGAGACACACAAUCAGGCGUCAGCUCCAGAUGGAGACAUAGACGACAACAGCUCAAAAAUGCUGAUUCAUACCGCUGUAACAACAACAUACAGCAAGGCAACUACAGCAAAACCUGGUUCAACCUCACGUUCGAGCAGAUCGACAAUAUCAAAAACUUCUUCUUCUUCUUCAGCUUCAGAGGAAAAUAUUCCAUCUAAAGCGGCGUCAUGCUCAUCAUCAUCAUCAUCUGUUGCUCCGAAGCGUACUCGACCAGCUAAAGAAAGCUCUUUCAACCUCGGUGGCAUUAGGGACGGAAUCCAAGGAAUUGGUGACGCGAUUGACCGUCUGCGUCGACGUGUGCGAGGUGGAAAGCGCACAGACACCUCAGAUUACGAAGACGACAAUAAAAUCGAAAAAAAUGAAAACGAAAAAGUUCCAACAUCAUCGUCAUCAUCUUCUACAACUCUAUCAAGACCAAGCUCAUGUGAUGCCCGGAAACCACACAAUACUGUUCCCAAUCUGCAAGAUACUCCUUUCAAAAUGAUUUCGCUUCAGGAAGCCGCGAAAAAAGCAAUAAUUUCACCAAGGUCUCAAGCGAUGUUAGACUCAAUAGAAAGAAAUCUUAGUGACACUAGCGAAUCAAUAUCCGGUACGAAUGCCGACAUAAGUGGUGAUACGAGGACAUCUGCUAUCUUAGUUACGUCAAAUUCGUCAUUAAAAGAUGAUCAUAACGAGGUUAUCGAAUCCCAUGAUGUCUUCGUCUCCGCGACUUCUCCUGAAAAAUUUCGAAACCCCCGGAACGUCAAAAAUGAUUCUGAAACUCCCGGAGAAACAAAAUCAUCAUCCAGCUUGAGCUCUUCCAGUUCAUCAAGUGAUUCUUCCUGUGACGAACGAAUUGAUCAUUUUCAAGCCUCCAAAUUUAUGGAAAACAAUGAUAAAUCUCCUCCAAAAAAGAUGACAGAUGCGCUUAUAUCAAGUGACAAAAUCCCGCUUGACAAAACGAACAGUCUUAAUUACACUGCGAAUUGGAGUGUACCUCGCCGUUUCAAAUACUUUACGGGAACGAUCAACUCUGAUACAACUUCUGAACUUGAUUUGAAUGACGAUGACGAUAAAUUGACUAGUACAAUGAAGCCUUACUUGGUUCAAACUGCCCGAUCGAGAUCUACAUCAUCAGUUUCCUCCUCAUCCAUCAGCCUUUCAAAUUUUCCGGAAAACCCAAGCCGCGUUAAAAGUAUCCGAUCCUCAAGUGAAGAUACCUUGGUGGCAGAGAAGGAUGACGUAGAGGAGACGAAUGACAUCCAACUGUGGGAGGAUAUCCUUGCAGAACCAGCCCUCGAGUUGAUACGAAUUCCGAAAUACGAUCCGGAUAAAGUUGAAUAUGUACGAGACAUCAUCAGAAAACACAAUCACAUUCCCUCAACACAAAGCUCAGUGCGCUACGAUAAAACAACUACUGAAACCUCAUCUAGCAGCUCAAGCUCAAGCUCUAGCAGCUCAGAAGACGAUAAACUGCGAAAAAUUGAUAUGUUUUUAUAA